GGGUUGGGGUAGCCCCUUGAUCUUAAAUGCUUGAUUGAGUAUUGGUAAUUAAUUAUUAUUCUACUAUUACUUGUAUAUAAAUUUUUGCAUUGCUAUUCCUAGCUAGCUCACUCAUUUCUCUUUGCAAUAGCUGCUUUUGCUUUUCUUUUCUCUUCAGAUACUAUAAAUAUAUAUAAGUAGUUAAUUCUUCUUCUUCUUCUUCUUUUUUGUUUCAAAAGUUGUUUGCAAAUGACAAAGUGGUUGUUCUCCGGUAUAAUAAAGGUGUUUUUAAGGUGUCAAGAAGCUGUUUCCAUGUUGGUUCUUGGAGCAAUGGAGGGUUUUGGAACUGGAUUUUUUAUUAUUAGAAUGAUUAAGAAAGCUGUCUUUGCUGCUUUCACUUGCAUUCUUGCAUUAGGAGGGGCUAUGGUGGGAACAGUGAUUGGAGCCAUGAAAGGGCAGACAACAGAAACUGGAUUUAUCCGUGGAUCAGGAAUAGGUGCAGUGGCAGGUGCAGUUACAGCCGUUCAAUUGCUGGAAUCAGUUGCUGAUGGUGAACCAUUUUCCAAGGUUGCAUUAUUUUAUAGUUUGAUGAAUGGGAAAGUUUUCAUGGAAUGGGUAAGUCCUGCAGUGCUAAAAGCUUAUCAAUGGCAAAUGAAUGCAUUAGAGACCACGUACAGAGAAAUUUCAGACAUCCUGGAUACAAGUGGAAACAGAGGAUUGUCCGAGAAUCUCAUCCAAAAUCUUCCUGAUUUUACGUUCCAAUCUAGCAACACCUGUCAGCUGCAAUGCCAUGAAUUCUGUUCAAUUUGCUUGCAGGAUUUCAAGGAUGGAGAGUCGGUGAGAAAACUUCCCUACUGUGGGCACUUCUUUCAUAUGGAUUGUCUAGACAAAUGGUUGACGAGAAAUGGGUCUUGCCCAAUGUGUAGAACUUCUGUUUGUAAUGACUAAUCUGAUGUGUUGUAGACAUUUGGUCACAAGUUAAAGCCACUCAGAAAAGGAAGAAAAGGAGAUUUCCUAUUAUGGUA